CCUCCUGCGGGCUCUGGCGGGCGCUGAUAGGCGGCGGCGGGAGCGGCGCUGCCCCUCCCCGGCUGGGCAGCGAGUCGGUGCCUGGCAGCGAGAGGAUCGGCGCCGCCGCCGCCAUCGCCAUGGGCACCCGCGACGACGAGUACGACUACCUCUUCAAAGUUGUGUUGAUUGGAGACUCUGGAGUUGGAAAGAGUAAUCUUCUGUCACGCUUCACACGCAAUGAGUUCAAUCUGGAAAGUAAGAGCACCAUUGGGGUGGAAUUUGCCACCAGAAGCAUCCAGGUGGAUGGGAAGACGAUAAAAGCGCAGAUCUGGGAUACCGCAGGACAGGAGCGAUACCGUGCCAUUACCUCAGCAUAUUACCGUGGUGCUGUUGGGGCCCUUCUCGUCUAUGACAUUGCCAAACACCUCACCUACGAGAAUGUGGAGCGUUGGCUAAAGGAGCUUAGAGAUCAUGCGGACAACAACAUUGUCAUCAUGCUGGUGGGUAAUAAGAGCGAUCUCCGCCAUCUGAGAGCUGUUCCCACCGAUGAGGCCCGGGCUUUUGCAGAAAAAAAUAACUUAUCUUUUAUUGAAACUUCUGCUCUGGAUUCAACAAAUGUAGAAGAAGCCUUCAAGAACAUCCUUACAGAAAUCUACCGCAUUGUUUCGCAGAAGCAGAUUGCAGAUCGAUCUGCACAUGAUGAAUCUCCUGGCAACAAUGUAGUCGACAUCAGCGUCCCACCAACCACCGAUGGACAGAAAUCCAACAAACUCCAGUGCUGUCAGAACCUGUGACCUCCUGUAGAUGACUUUUGUGCCCCUCACUUCGUCUGUGCUUCAUUUAGAAACUUGUGUGCACUUCUUUAUCUCCUGUGAUUCAGUGACUCCCUCUUCCCUCCUUUACCCCAUCCCCAAGCCCCUCCUUUCAUCUUAGAGCUUUAAUUGUAGGGCUAACAUUCCCCUGCCUCUGAAAUCCCCUUGAAUGUGAUGACUUUUGGGCUUGAAAUAUAGGCACUGAUCUGAUAGACAUGUUUAUGUUGAAACAUCUGCUGCUGGAUAUUAUCCCAUGAAGCGCUCUCCUCAAAUGGUUUUUUUCUCUGGGAGAGAAACCAUGGGGACUUGAUUAUAACAGUUGAAGAAAUAACUACAUUUAAGUUACAAGGUUUUUUCCUCCUAGUCAGAUUUUUCUCUCACGUCUCUAAGCAUGGGGGAGAAAUCGAAAGAAAAUAGCUGUCCUACCAAAUGCUCUCUUCUCUGUCCUGAUAAGUCUCACAGUGAGGUUUUUAGUGGUUGCACACACAUAAGAAAGCUGUUGAAAAUAACAUUACUUAUUAUGUAACUACCCCUAAUACAGUUAGUCUGGCUGUGUAGUUUACUGUUUCCUGCUUGGGAAAUCUUUCUCUAUUCUUGUUUUAUUUGGGAACAAUGAAGUACGUCUGCAUUGCUUUCUCAGCCACCAUGAUUGCCUGUGCUGCUUGUGCAGGCUUUAUGAAGUGGCUUAAUAUUUAUUCAUGGCUUAUGUUAAUCAGUUAACGUUAUUGUACAGUAAGUGCCAGCAUAUUGAUUUCAAAAACCUUCUGCAACCUGUACAAGUAGGCUCAUUUUGUACUGUAGAUCAGUGUCUGAAAGCAGGAUCUUCUCUAGUUCCAGAGUUUUUUUGCAUGCUGCUUUUUCUCUAGAUCUCUCCUACCCCUGUUUGAGUGAGUGAAGCAAUAUUUUCAUGUCAUGUAUAUACCUGCACUUGUAAGGGUUUUGGUUGUUGUAGAGAAACACAAUACUUUAUACAUUUUGUAAGACUUCUGCAGAACCACAGCAUCUUGUACUUUCUUUUCAUGAUCUUUCACUAUUGAUCUUGUGCAUAAUCUUCUUGACCUCUACAAAAAUGCAUAUUAAGAUUUCACUUACUACUAACCUGUUGCUUCCCUCUUACCCUGUUUUACUGAAUUGCAGACUGUAAAUCUCAAAUGAUUGUACUUCACCUGAUGUAACAGAUUUGUCAUCAGCAGGGCUAACUGCUAUAAUAUUUUGUUUUGCUGAAUGGGAAGAAUGUUAUCACAACUUUGUGUAGUCAGUCUCUUGCUAGCUUGUGAAAAUCCUCUAUGAUGAUGGCUUUCUGUCAUUCACUCUCUUUACACUCUUGCAUCCCUCCAGUAAACACUGAAUGUUAAGGUGAGGCAAAUACUGGGUGAAACUCUCUCAAGGAGGAGUUGGAGACCAUCUGCUGCUCUCUGAAGGCUAGUGAAGCAAUUUGCAGUGAAUUUUUGCUCUGUAUUCUUCCAAAUUCUGAGACUGUGCCUCACUUGAUUAAUACUAUCUGCAUGUUAGUGAGUUGAUUUUCUUUUCUGAUACAAAGCAAAUAUGAAACUGUAAAUUGUGCUUGAAGGGGAAAUCUGACAUUCCAGUCUCAACUGUUUUGUGUCUGGUUAUGUAAUAAAAUUAAGGGCGGUUAACUCUGAUGGCUUUUCUUUUGCAAGAUUUCCAGACCAAUGCCUUUAACUUCAUACUGUAUGCACCUUGAGGGCUAUAGUUCAAAGCUAAGGGAUGUGCACAUAGUGCUUAGCAUUUCCAUUUUUCAACUUUGUUUACAUAGGCUCAAGGUGAAGGAGCGCAUGCUUGCAGCCCAGUACCACUGAAUGACAAUCUGAAUUCCUCUUUGGGCAUCACAGGGUUCUGUUCUGAGGGAGUCAUAGUAUUGGAAGCACUUUCAGCACCUGAUACUUAAGUUAAUAGCAUCCUCUUGAGAGAAGGUGCAGCAAGUGGGACCUGGAAACUUUUCCUUUUUGGUGGUCCUAGACCAGGAUGUGAUAUGUGGUCAGUACUUAGAAGGGUGGCAGGUGAGCACAGCAUUAGAGAGAGUGGAAAUGCUGAUAUAUUGAAAAUAUUUCCUUCAAGAACAAGUAGUCACUGAAGGAGCUAGGCUCUUUACUCUUAAUUUUGAGCAAAACUUUCUAUAGAGAAAUGAGUUGGGACAGUGUGAGGAAGAAUCAUGCAGUUAAGACUUAUUAGUCCAAGGUGAUUUAAUGCAUUUACUCUGCAAAUCCUGUUCUUAAUGUAAACUUUCUGUGCCACCUUCUCUGCUGGUGGCUAGGAUUGAGCUGACCUGGUAUAAGAAGCUGAGAAGUAGUUUAGUCAGUUCCUGGUCUAUUAAAAGAAAUUUUCUUUAGUCUUUGACUUUGUGGAGAGGUCUAAACUUUGCCUCAGAGUCGCAAUGAAAGGUUUAUGCCUUGGGCUUAAGUGCGGUUGAAUUAGAUGGGUAUUGAAGAGACCCUGUGCAACUUCACCAUACAUUGACCAAAGUUGUCUUGGAGCAGGUGGCUCUGUGGAGUCACGGGGCUUAGACCCAUAUUCUUCGUGCCAGGAUGGUUGAGGUGUUUCUGAAAACUGUUCGGUGGUAGGCAUGGAAGGCCUGCAGUCUUUCGCUGCAGAACUGUUUGUCUCACCAUGGACUGGUCCACUUAGGAUGUGGCGAGCAUCUGCGUAUACAUGUGUGCACACAUGUUCACAUGCAGAGGUUUUGUGAGCACUGUAUGCUAAGUGGUGGCUUUAUCUGCAUGGUCAGCCAGUUUAUUAGAAUAGGUAUUGACUCUUUCUCAGAUUGCUUUGCUGCUCUCCUGGCAGUUGGAGAAGCAGCCCUCCUUCUGUGGGUCUGAGAUGAUUUUGCCUAGACUAAGCACAGGGAUAAGUGCCAAAAAAGGACAGUGGACAGUUUGUUUUUUUCCCUGGGAAAACUACAUUCCUGUGCACAAACAGGGGAAAAAUGCUUUUGCUCUUUGAAUAUUCUUGUGUCCUGCUGAAAGUGCUGUAUACUUAACAGAAGCUAUAGCUACAACCAAAACCACUGCAGAUGAUGGCUACUGAAAUUGUGCAGGGAAGACUCGGAGGAAUCUUGGGGAAAUGCUGAAGAGCUGUCUAACGUUCAGAGAUGUUCUCUGGCAGGCCGCACUCCUUACCAUGCUUCCUGAUGUGGAAGCAACUGAGUUAAAUGUAAGCUCACCUGGACUGCUUGAGGUCAUAAUUUAGCUGGCUCCGUAUCUCAAAAUGUAGGUGUCGGGAAUAUAAAAAAGGCUCCGCUUCUCUCUCCAGUGUGUUGUAAGAGGCUUGGGGGCAAAAUCUGCCUUACAGUAAACCCCCAAUGACUAGAAAACUGCCUGUGAAAGAAAAACAUGUGCUGUACUUACUUCACUCAAAUAUUGAGGAUAACUUUCCUAAAUUUUGAAAGAUAACACUAAAAAUUGUUGCUUACUACCCUGUGCUAGUAACAUAGUAAGUCUUAGCUGAAGACCCCUGCUGAUAUUUAAGUUAGAUACACCAAUGCAGAAGACGGGUGUAUUUUCUGCUAAUUGACCUGUUAAUUAUGGGGAGAAGGGAGGCCAGAAUUAACACACAAAAGGGAAUUGCUGCUGAGCACACAAACAGGUAAUCUGGUUAAAUAAACUCAUAGGGGAGACUGUCUCAGUUUAACUUUUUUUUCCUGUUGAGUGAGGUGCUUACAAACUGCUUCUGUGAUUAUGUGCGUUAAGGAAGAGGUUUGGAAUCACCCGAGACCCCUUCUCUAGCCCGCACAGGACAAGAAAACUGGGAUCAUGGGAAAGCUUUAAAGCACUGUGAUUGUGUAAAUAUAACUGCAGUUGAUGGGUGUCUGCCGAGGCUGCUUGAAACUUUAUUGAAAAGACUUGUGUGCCUCAGAGCACCAUCGAAAUUUGGUAGAAGGAAAAAGCUGUUUUCCCUUCUUCCCACUGCAGCUGCUCCUCAGUGCUUUGGCCAGGUCAGAAGCAGUAGGAUGACUGCUGCGUCCUAAGAUCCCCAGCUUGGGUGCUGUUACGUUAUUUUGCUAGAUCACUUCUAGUGACCCCACAGUAUGUGGAAAGACUGGUGACUUUUGUGCUAACAGGAGAGAGCUCUUUCAGCCGGACAUACCAGGAUGCUUAGGAUUAGUCUGUGCCUUUUAUUUAAGCAGGUCACUCAGCAAAAGCAAUUUGAUCAGUUUGGAAAAAUGUACAGUAGGUAUUUUGACUUCCCCAUGCUUUGAUUCCUGCAUGCCGGACGGUUCCAAACGUCGUGGGUGUGAUCUGUCUGUGGGGUGUUUGGUUGGUUCUUAUCUGUGCUUGGUGCUAAGUUUCCAUUCCAAGCAUGAAGGUAGAAUUUGCUUAGAGGUUCUGAUCUGUGUAGAAAAAAGAUACUAAUGAAGUGAUUUGAGCACUUAAGGCUCUUUUCCUUCAUAUAAUGUUAAGAAAAAUCAGUAUUAAAGGUAGGGGCCUGCAUUUUGAAUAAGAAAAAGCAGGCAAUUAGAGGUGAAGACUAACUAUCCUUUAAGAUGCAAUGUGUCAGGGCUGAGGCUGGGUUCUUUUGGUUUAGACUCUGAAUAUGGCGAUACUGCAGAUAAUUCAGUUUGAAUGGUGAUUAUUAGAAUGUUUCCAUGAAAAACAGCAUCUCCAGGGCUGCACUGUUUCAGUAAAUAACAGCAAUUCUUACUUUAAAAUGGUCAGAUACUGUGCAGUAGUGUUGUCUGUCAGGCUUCGUAGGCUAUAAAUAGCACUGGACCUUUAUGCAACCCAGAAGAGAGAUUCCUUUCAUUUACUUUUACUCCUGGUUCCUGUUCAGUUAAGUGCAAUUCACUUUGUAAAUAUAUACAUCACUUGAUUUUGUGCAUGGUUAUUCUGUAUUGUGGAUAUAAAGAUUGCCAAAUCA